CACGUGAUCAAACUUGUAAAUUUCGAGGUUCGCCAUUUUUCUCUCACCUUUACUUGAACACAGGAAUUUGCAAAGCUCUAGCAGAGCUACGAGACAAUAUUUGAAGGGAUCAGUAUGUCGGAAGCUCUAACGUUUGGACCCGAGUGGCUACGUGCCCUGUCCAGUGGUAACAGCGUCACCUCCCCUCCUCCCUCCCCUGGGCCAAAGUACAAACUUGCGGAACACCGGUACGGCAAGGAGGAGAUGCUAGCCCUGUUUAGUGAGGAUGUCAUGAUGCCCCCAGAGUUGCAGUUAUUUGAAUCAAUCUGCAGAAGUAGACCUGCUCUUCCCUUAGCUUUUCAGCAGUUUACAGAAGAGGAACAGAGAAACUCUGCUGGGUCUGUUAACAGUAAUGCUGUCUUGAAGUUGAUGGGUCGUGGUGCGAUGCGAGGAGUUGGCCCGCCAAGAGGACCAGGGCGGGGUGGUAUUAGAGGUCGUGGCAGGGGGGAUGGGGGAUUUGUGAGACAAACAUCUUAUGAAGACACCAGAGGAGAGGGUGGGGGAGGCUUUGGUCGAGGCAGUGACACCCGCAGGCAGGGAUGGAGUGAGAACAGUCGUGGAAGCUUUGAAAGAUCGCCAAGCCUUAGAGAAUCAGGUCCAUCUGGUCCCAGCAGAGGAGGCUAUGAUCCGUCUUUAGCUCGACCUCGGCUCUCGAGUGACACAUCUUGGGAACGUGGAGAGAGGAGAUCGGACAGUGGCAAUUGGAGAUCUGGUGAUGAUGAUGAUGGCUGGAGAAUUUCUGGACAGCGGUCCUCUGACAGAUCUGACAAAUGGAGAGGAGGUGGUCCACCAAGAGGUCGUGCAACCUGGAGAGGCGGAACAGACUCCUAUAGAGAACGAGGUCAUCCUGAGGAUGAGUGGCAAACAGCUGGCGGCAGUCGUCGGUCUUAUCAUGAUAAUGAAGACGUUAGGUGGGGCUCAUCUUAUGAAAGGCUCCCGGAAUGGAGUAAUGAAGAUAAUGAUGAUUUCACAACUCCUGGCACCUUUGAUUCUACAGGCGCGUUUGUGUCUAAGCAAAACGAUGAGGACAGCCAAAGUAAAGAUGAGAGAAAAUAUGAAGAAAAUAAAGAAAAUAGAGAGAAAAAUAUGAGAAAUCAGUCUGAAAGUAGUGACCAGGAACCACCAGAUGUGUGGGAUGAUGAGGAAAAGGACACAGAUCAGACAAAACAAUUGGAUUCAGUAUUAGGAACAAUACCUGCCAGAGAAGGAAAACCACCAGAAACAGAACAACAACAACCACCAGUUGCGAAACCACCUUCUACACAUCAAACAGCAGACGUAUUCAAACCUUCUCCCACCACUACAACUACUCCACCCCAAUCUCCAUCUCCCUCGUCCACUUCACAGCAAAGAACACUUGAUUCUGCCCCAUCUAAUGCACCUAACAAUCCAUUCGCUCACGUACCUCCACAAGCUCACAUUACCAUGUCCUCAAAAAUGCUGGAACAAGAUGCUGGCAGUCUGAAAGAAGACGAGCCCAACAUGGACCAUUUUGCGCAAGCAGCUGAAAAUCUUGUAGCCUCUUUGGAUGACGAUGAAGAGGAGGAUUUAAAAGAAGAGAAACAGCCAACUACUCAGCAGAAGCAGGAAUAUCGCAGUUCACCAACAACCACAGAAGAAGUACAGUGGAGUUAUACUGAUCCACAGGGUAAAGUGCAAGGUCCAUUUUCAAACUCUGAGAUGGCAGAUUGGUUUAGUCAUGGCUACUUCACCAUGGGACUGUUGGUCAAGCGAACUAUUGACGAGAUUUUCCAACCACUUGGUGAGAUUAUUAAACAGUGGGGAAGAGUGCCCUUCACCCCUGGCCCCCAGCCACCACCCUGUAAGGGUGUUCCUGAACACAUCCAUAGACAGCAACAGAUCUUAGCCCAGCAACAGCAAUACCAACAUCUGAUGCAGCAACACUACCUCCAACAGCAGCUGUUCCAUCAGCAGGCAAUGAUGAUGCAGCAACAACAACUGCAACAGAUGCAGCAGAUGCCACCUCCACCUCAACAUUCCCCCACGCAAAACAGCUCAUCUCCCAUCACGCAGCAUGGCCAACCUCAGACCAAACAAGCAGGAGUCCGUCACUUGGAACAGCCACCUCAACCAGGAAGACCUCGAACUCUGUCACCGCAUGCUGAAUCAAUCUGGGGCACUGGAACACCACCUCAAGCUUCACCUUCCAUCAUUUCACCUGGUCCUUGGUCCCCUGUUACAACAACAUCAGCUGGAAAAGGCUGGGAUACAGAUAAUAGCCAACAGAAUGUUCCAUCCUUCGAGGAAAUUCAAAGAAUGGAAGAGGAGAAAGAAAAGCAAGCAAGGCUUGAAAUGGAAAGAAGAGAAGCUAAUGCCAGGGCUAUGAGAUUGAAGCAAGAGGAAGAAGAACGGAGACGCAUGCAGGAGGCAGCCAUGCUGAAGAAACAACAACAACAAGAAGAGGAGGAAAGACGCCAGUUGGAGGAAGCCGAGAGAAGAAGAAAAGAACAAGAAGAACUCAGAAAGAAACAUCAGGAAGAAGCGCGAAGAAAACAAGAAGAAGAGCUGAGAAGAAAACAAGAACAGCAGGAAGUGUUACGCAAACAAGAACAACAAAGGCAACAGUUGGAGCAACAGAAAGCCGAGCAGAAGCGACUGCUCGAACUACGGCAACAGCAGCAGCAAGCUCUUCUUCGACUCCAGCAACAACAGCAAGAACUUCAGAGAAAGAAAGACUUGCAAAUGAAAGCCGAGCUACAACAACGGGAGUUGCAGCAGAAACUGCAGCAGAAGAGACAGGAAAGUCAGACGUCCGGGGGAUCUCUAUGGGGUCCUGCUCCUCCUGUGUCAGGAACCAUGUCCUUAGCUCAAAUUCAACAGCAGGAGGAAAGAGACAGGAUGCAGCGGGAACUAAAGAUGCAGCAGCAAUUACAGGCCCACCAGAAGAGGGAACAACAGGCACGGGGUGUACCUGGGUGGGGCGACAGACCACCUGUAGCGACUCAGCCUGUCAAGUCUUUGCUACAGAUACAACAAGAACAGGCUCAGCAGCAGAACAAGAGGCAGCAGGGAUCUGCUUUGUCGAGAUCACAGCCAAGUCACAAUCCUCUCAGUUCGUCAGUUUGGGGGAAUGCUGGCCACCUUUCAGCAUCAUGGGGACAAGCUCCCAACUCAGCCAAUAUCUGGGGCUCAGCACCAUCCAAGCCGCCUCCCCCUCCUUCUUCCCAGCAGCAGCAGCAGUAUGAUGACGAUGAUGAUGACGACGAUGAUGAUGAUGAUGAUGAUGAUGAUGACGAUAGCGAUGAGGAAGGCGGAGGAUUCUGGGAUGAUGCCGUCAAAGCUGCGAGUAAGAGUCGCGACCAACAACAGCAACAGUUUGUACAACAACAGCGACAACAGCAAAAAGCCAGUCAACCUCGGACCAACGUGGCUUCUGAUAAACGAGCUAACAGAGACGAGGAAAACUUGAGACGGCUCUUCCACAGUCAACCCAGUGUGGACGAGUUUUCUAUUUGGUGUGACCAAGCGCUCCGAAGCUUAAACAUCGCCUCAGGAAUAGACAUUCCAACAUUCUCGGCAUUUCUCAAAGAUGUUGAAUCACCGUAUGAGGUUUACGACUACGUCAAGUCUUUUCUAGGGGAUAAUCGCGAAACGAGGGAUUUUGCUCGCGAGUUUAUCGAAAGACGAAAGAAACAAAAGGACAAAAUCCCUGCUUCUUCUCUUCCAUCCUUUUCUCAAGCCAGUGUGUGGGGUGCACCUGUUCCUCGAGGACCAUCUGCAAGCAGGCCUACGAAUAUGACCCAUUCAGGCGCCUUCUUAUCGGGCCUGCCCCAAGAGGAUCCUCAGGAAGCGUUGAAUAAGAAAAAAAGAAAGAAAAAGAUGCAGAAAGUGGACCCGAGCAUUUUGGGAUUCAGUGUGAACGCGGCGGAUCGAGUGAAUAUGGGCGAAAUACAGACUGUUGAAGAUUAGCAAAGAGACCUUUAAUACAAAUACAAUGAAGGUGACAAAGCCUCGCCUAGGCCUUUGUUCGAAAACAGAAAAAAGAAAAGGAAACAAAUUGUUUUAUAUGUUAGACCAAAUAUCGCGUAGCGAAUUUUUAAUCGGCGACCGCAUUGGGCGGUGGAGAAAUGUGGUGACUGUACAAACUGUAAAUGGCGAUCAACAGCUCAAGCCCUAAUAUAGCUGAAAAUAUUUUGA